AUGGAGAAGCUGUCAGAAAAGGAAAAGGAGCUGAUACGAGGCAGCUGGGAGAGCCUGGGAAAAAACAAAGUUCCUCAUGGUGUCAUCAUGUUUUCCAGACUGUUUGAGCUGGACCCCGCGCUCCCCAGUCUUUUCCACUACAACACAAACUGUGGCUCCACACAAGACUGCCUCUCCAGCCCCGAGUUCCUGGAACAUGUCACCAAGGUGAUGCUUGUGAUCGAUGCAGCGGUCAGCCACCUGGACGACCUUCACACCUUGGAGGACUUUCUGCUCAACCUCGGCAGGAAGCACCAGGCGGUGGGAGUCAGCACGCAGUCAUUCGCUGUGGUGGGUGAGUCCCUUCUCUACAUGCUGCAGUGCAGUCUGGGCCAGGGCUACACGGCGCCGCUGCGUCAAGCCUGGCUCAACAUGUACACCAUCGUGGUAGCAGCCAUGAGCCGAGGGUGGGCCAAGAACGGCGAGGACGAGGACGACUGA